GCACCCCCUGCUUCGGAAUCGCCGCCAUUCUUGACAAUUGUCAGUACCUUGCGCUGCUGUUAGGGAAUGACAUGCUCGCUGUCGGAACCAGUUCACUUGUAUGUGAGCUUACCGGCACCUUAAUUUGUCUGAAAGAUUGCGAAUCGCGCUAUAAGUGUCUGGUCUAGUUAGUUCGUGAGAGAGCUGAGCAUAAGUUCACAACUCGAAUUUCUUACAAGAUAUCUCGGAUCAACGUUUACUUCCAGGUGAAUGUUCGAAAUUUAUAGCAACAAGAUGUUCUGCAGAAAUGUGUGGGCUGCUGUUUUUACCAUCGACCAUUUCGCUCGUAAUGUUUCUCGGUCAAUCGGUCUCUGGUGCCCGGAGGAGGUUUGUGGGCCUAUGGCGAGCAAACCUGAACUGGAGAGAUUGGUGUCAGCUACUGAGCGCACAGUCCUUGAGAAGAAGGAAUUGGUGAUGAACAAUAUCGAGGAGGAGAAUAAGAAUCUUCAAGCACCCGAUGGUGAGGAGAUCAAGGGUGGAGGUCUGCAACCCACGGAGGCACUUAAACAAUUCUUUAAUCAUGUUUCUUUAUUCUCUGCCCCAGGAAUUAGCAAUGCCGAAGUGGUGGAAUUGAGUAUGACCGACACUAUUGGUGCUGCCAUCGAGAAAUUAUUUAUCCAGAAGGUGAUGGGUGCGCCAGUUCGAGAUCCUCACCAAACUGGUAGUUUGCCAUUGACGGAUCAAUACGUAGGCCUUCUCGAUUUUGCUAGUCUUGUACUAUGGGCUCUCGAGAGAUUUGAAGAAGCAGAAGCCGGAUUAAUUCAUGAACCAAAGUUAACAACCCAGUCUCCUGAGAGCAACUUCCAAAGGGAAGGACCAAAGGAAAGUCGUGAAGACUUCUUUGGCCUUUUGGACAAACUUGACCAUGUGAAAUCAACACAGGUUAGUACCAUGGCAAGCUCGUUUCGGUGGGGUCCCUUCUUUCCAGUCCGCCCGGAAGAUACACUUCUUCAUGUCUUGCUAAUCCUCUCCAAACAUCGGUUGAAAGCUGUUCCAGUUGUAGAUGCUGAGUCUUCCAAGUGUGUGAGAGCCUUCAUCACUCAGAACGUUGCAUUACACCUGUUGCUACAGUGUGAAGGAUUGCCCUGGUUUGAGACAAUUGCCGGGAAGGAAAUCAGAAAUGCUGGGUUUGAAACUGAGUACAACGCAGAACAACUAGUGUUCGUGCACGGCGACGAGACCCUCGUGACAGCACUGCAUGCCAUGUGGAAGUAUCGUAUCAGUGGUGUGCCCAUCCUCGACCGACCUUCGAAACGCCUCAUUGGAAACAUCCGCUACUGCGAUUUGCUAAUACUACUGGAAGACGCACAAGUGUUUUCUAAACGCAAUGAACUGCUCGCCCAGGAUUUCCUGAAAGAGCAUGCGGACGAUGACGGAGACCACCUCCAGGGAACGCCCCUGCAAGAAGACUUCGGUGCUGCCAUAUCUGCUGCUGCACUAAGCCUCGCCAACGUCAAGACUCCCCCAAUGCAGGACCCUGUUACCUUCAGCUCCAGCGACACCAUGAAGGAGGCAAUGCAGAAGCUGUUCAGAGCACGCAGCGACAGGGGCUUCAUAGUGGAUGAUGUGGCUUCAUAGUGGAUGAGUGUAGUCACGUUGCGUGACAUUCUGAUGCAAUUCGCUCCUCCUCUAGCAGAACCCUCUCCCGUGGGUGGAUUCUUCGAGGGUGCGCUGCAGCUCACAGGUGCACACAUGGGUCCAGGAUCCAUCGUUACUGUCGACAGCAGGUGAUGAUCAAAACCAUGUUAUACUGAGGGGACAGCGUUCAGGUAACUAAUAUUGAAGCUUGAGAUUUAACCUGAGUUUAUAGAAUCUAUAGAAGCUGUGCCAUUGAAGCUUGGUUCUGACGUCGAUGAUGUGCCUGCUUUCAAUGUGAGCUUGUAAAUCUCAGAAGAUUCUCGUCUCGCUGAAGUGCUACGACUGAGAGUAUUGUGAACUCUUCUGUCAAAGUCGGAAAAAGCAAAGACCAGGAGCUUCUGUGCAUGUAACGUAUUUGUUCAAUUUGAUAAAAAUAUUUGUGUAUGUA